GAUGCCUUACUUAUUUUUCCGUUAAGACGCUUAGGUAACAAGUAAGUGAUAACAAUUUUGAAAAGUUUUCCAGUUUUCUUUUUAGUUUUACUGCUCGACUGCUAAGGUUUUGGACGAUCUGCUCAUGCAGCUUCUUCAAAGGAUGUCGUGGAUGUUCGUCGAUUGGUUCGCAUCUUCAAGGGUUCGAGUAACCGAGAAAAUCCGACAUUCAGACAAAAACUGAAGGAAAAAUACCCAGAGGAAACGAUCCAUUGAUUAUAUAUAGGGCCGUUAAAAGCUAUGGGAUCACUAUCACAAUCCCUAAAAGUUUGAUCCCACAUUUAUAAAUCCUCCUUUAAAAAUCCCAAUGUAACUCACAGGUCAAUUUUCUCACUUAUUCAGUGCUAUUCAUACUUUUCCUCUUUAUAAAAAUAAAGCGAAUUUCCUGAAGAUGGUUUAUCUGCUGCAAAUAUCACCGGUUUUGAUGUAAUUUUGAAAUUUGGCCACUUGCCAUCCGAUGUGUCUAAAAAUAAAAGUCAAAACGCAACCUUUUCCUCGGCUUAUGUUUUUUUUGCUCCAAAUCAUGUCUCCCAAGAAACCUGUUGAGAACUUACGCGAUUUGUGCCUAAAAGUAAUCAUUGUUCUCAUUUUAGAUGCGAUCAAAUGUUGCGGUGAAAAUUGUGCAGACACUCUCACAGAGUAUUUCAGUGAAUUGCCGAAAUGUUUGCAGGAACGGAUUUUGUUGGAUAUCCUGCAACUGUCGCCGCUAAAUUCGUUCAGCAAAUGGGUCAGUUUCCGCAUAUUUCAAUACAAAUGUGCAACAUUCAGUUCGAAGUCGAUAUCGGCGAAAUUUCAUGAAAAAUUUGCCGAGAAGCUGGAAAAGUUGCGUUAUUUGAAUGUGGCAGGAGCAGAGAUUGGUGAAAAAACCUUAAGAGGGAUCAUCAGGAAAAGUCCCUCAUUGCGAACCCUGAUAAUUCCCGACUUUGCCUCCGAUGAGGUCCUAGAGGAGGUGAAAAAUCUGGAAAAUCUGGAGCUGCUGGACAUCAGUGGCCACUGCGAUGUGACCCACAAGGGCCUAAGCUACAUUUCGAGCAAAUCGCUCCAGGUGCUUGUAAUUGGCACCGUCCAGAAUUUUGAAAAUCUGGACGUUCUAGCGGAGAUUUUGCCCCGAUUGCCCAACUUGAAAGAAGUGCGCUCUUACGAGUAUACUGGCAGGUCGCUGUUGAAUCUCAACACUCCUUUUAUAUCCAGAUUGAGAGCGAUCAGUGAUUUCGAUACGACAAUCGAGCAAAUUCGAGUCAUAAUCGCGGUGUGUCCUCAGCUGGAGCUGCUCAGUUUGGAGGACCCGGUGGAGGAGGUUUUUGAGUAUUUAGGAGAGCUGAUGAAGCUGAAGAAGCUGGCGCUGUCCCAAUAUCACGGCCAUUUAACCAACAUUAAUCUAAAGCAGCUAAAGCUGCUCUCUCUGGAGCUCAAACACUUAGCAAUCAACUUCAAUGCGUUGUGCUGCACUUUGGAGGCGCUUCAAAUGAGAUCCUGCCACAUCCAGAUCAGCUCGUUGGAAGCGCUGUGCUUCCGCAAUCUCGCCUCAUUUGAAGCUAUCGACUGCAACCUGAAGAAGGACUUGGUGCUGCAGCUGUUGCAGCAUUGCGACCGCCUUAGAAGACUGGCAAUCUCCAAUGACGUCGAUCUGAGUGACUUGGAUAUAAAACAGGCCUGCCAGGAGGACAAACUGCAGCAUCUAGAGGAGUUCUGGCUGUCGGUAGCCAGGGGACUAACAAGCAAUUCAGUGAUAAUUCUGAUGAGCCACUGUCCCAAGCUGGUUUCUUUGGGCACCUUGAAUGGGUGGAACAUUGAUAAAGUGGAAGUGAACUACCUGCGAUGUGUCACGUAUUUUACGAACACCAAUCUAAAUUUGCUGUAUUUUAGUUGUUUUUGAUUGAAAGUUUCGCUUGUGUUAGCCGGUUAUCGUCACGUAUAAGGAAUGUUCCAAAUGGCAACAAAAUACGCUUUUCGGGCUCUGUUCCAAGCCGCAGUAGGGGCAGUUUUGAAUCCCUCGGGUCCUUAUGCAAUGGACUUUUGCUGAUGAAUUCGCACACAUCAUUUGUCUCCAUGUGUACAAGCGAACAAGCAGCACUAGAAGGAGAUAAAGGAUUGUUUUUAAGACGCUGUUUGCUGAGCGUUUUUUCGCGCCGAAGUUUUUGACUAAAGAUUUCACACUAAAAUCAUCAUUGAAAGUGUGUUUGUGGAAGUAACUACUUACAACUUGCCGCUGAAGUCGCAUACAGGAGGGCCCCAAAAAAGAGCAAGUCCCAUAAAACGUCCCAUCCAGACCAACAGAUUGGCAUCACUUUUUGAUUAAGAAAAGCCGCAAAAUUGACACUGUCUCAUUACCGUGACCACGAUCCAUCAACUCAUUAAUAAAAAACACAAAUUUCGGCAAUAAACUAGUUUAUUUUCGGUU